AUGGCUUUGGAAAAGGAGGUUUCUCAGAGAUUUGAUUAUGUUGACAGAGAGAUUCGAGAGAUCAAAGGGAUGGUAGCCUCUCUCUGCAACAACUUCUCUACCCCCAGUACUACUUUUAGCUUUGAGGACUUACUCCAUCGUCCCCCAUCUCCUCCUUAUCAUGAGCCUGGACCUUCUACCUCCCCUAUACCCACUUCUCCUAUUUCCACUUCACCACCCGUACCACCUACCUCUCCCACCCCCUCUCCUACUUUGGCCCUGAUCACUAUUUCCCAGCCAGUUCCUCCUCUUCAUAUUCCACCAUUCUCUCCACUUUCUCACCUUCCCCCUCUUCCUAUUCCCCUCUCCAUUCCUACUGUUUCUACUCCUUCCCCUUCCUCACCUGAUGCUCACAAAAAGGAGGAGAAGGAAUCUGAUGCUUAG